GAUCGUGUUUGAUUAGUUUGUCAAACUUUGAGGUUAUCGACGUGGAGGUUUGAAAUUUACCAGCAGUUUUCACCAAUAAUUGGUGAUUUGAACGCUUGAAAUGGCCCCACAUCGCAGAAAUAUCGACGAUGUGCUGGCCCGCAUCAAUUUCCCCCUAUUCAGUGUGCAAAUGCUGACAAACAGACAUGUUUUGGUGGGUGGCGGUGGAGGUUCCUCAAAAACUGGAGUAGCUAAUGGAUUUGAAAUAUUCGAGCUGUCGCACGACGGUAAGAAAUUCCACGUAGAAGAAGUGACCAGGCACGAAACGGGGCCCAAUGUUGUGAUGAAUUGCACGGUCUCAAAGUCCGUGGAUGGCAAACACACGUACCUAGUUGCAGGCCAGGAAAGCCAUUGUCAACUUUAUAGGGUCAAUACGCAGUUCGCCCCUCAGGCAAACGGGGUGGUUGAAUCGUUGGACAGCGAUGCCCCGGGGUUGCGACCACGCACGCAAAAACCUGAGCCGACGAAAACGCCGAAAAAGCGCUUAAAGUUCGUUCUUAACCCGGCUGACAGCAUACAAACGGACUUUAAGUUGCCCGAACCACUUUGUCGAGUCGUGCGGGUGCACCCCAAUAGAAAACUCAUGGCAACAGGAGGAACCGAUGGCGACAUUCGAAUGUGGAAGUUCCCCAGCAUGCAGCCGAUUGCCAAGCUGCAAGCCCAUAGUAAAGAGGUGGAUGAUAUAGACUUCAGUACUCACGGAAACUACCUGGUUACUAUAGCAAAGGACGGGCUGGCAGUGCUGUGGGACUGCGCGAAAGGCACAGAGAUCCGGAGACUGACGUGGGAACAGCCGCAAGGUUCAAAGUAUUUAUAUAAAAGAUGCAGAUUCGGAGUGGUUGAGGGCGAAGAUAAAUCGGCCCUUUACAUGCUGUCUAAUCCGACUGGACGGGCGAAGCAGCAAAAGUCCUACUUGCAGCAGUGGCAUCCACUUGAAGGCAUUAUACGGAAGUCUGCGGAAUUCGACGAAAGUGUUUCCGCCCUCGCCGUUCGGGAUGAUGGCAGGUUUGUGGCUGUCGGCACCAUGUUUAGUGGCUCAGUUUCGGUGUACGUCGCGUUUAGUUUGCAGAGAGUUUUGCAUAUUUCUGGCGCACAUUCCAUGUUUGUAACCGGUCUGGAGUUCCUGCCGGUUCUCAACCAGCAGAACCACACCGUUUGCAGUGUGGCGGAGGCCGCCGUACUGUCCAUAUCGGUGGACAAUCAAGUCUGCAUCCACACCUUGCCAUAUAGAAAAACCAUUCCCCUUUGGCUGGCCAUCGUUAUCCUGAUAGUCACCAUGUUUUUGACUUUCCUGUUUUGCUCAUACAUCGGCUUAUGAAACGGCCCCGAUUGAUGUUAAUUUAUUAUGUUUUAUAUUUUAAUACUGAAUGGAAGUUAUUUAUUGCGCAUCGCUUUUCAAUGGGCUAUGCGACCUUUUGUAAAUAUUAGCCAAAUCUAGCGAAUGAUUUUGUACAAAACACGUUGAAAUCGAUCAAAAAAAAAUGAGACCAAACGA